UUCUGUCAAAUGUUUAUCACAACUGUCAAAUUCGACGAAGUCCACGUAUUUUAAUCACAAAAAUAUUUUCCGAUUUGUCCGUUCGAGAUGAAAACCCUAAUUUUCCUGCUGAAAAUCUGCCUGAGCAUCAUGUAUGCGCAGGCAAUCAUGUUCAACCUGAACCCAAACACACAAAAGUGCUUGAAAGAGGAGAUGCAAGCUCAUCAAAUUGUCGCUGGCGAAUACGAAGUCAGUUCGGCACCCGGACAAAAAAUUGACUAUGUGGUUCGCGACAGCAAGGGACACAUUUUCACACAAAAAGAGGACAUUUCGAGGGGGAAAUUCUCAAUUACGUCAGAAGUGUACGACACUUAUGAGAUUUGUUUCAUCUCGAAAGUGCUCGGAGGGCAUAACGGCGUCGUGCAAGAAGUCUCGUUGAACACCAAAAAGGGCAUCGAGACCAAAAGUUACGAAGGAUUGGGCGAAGCUGCUAAAUUGAAACCUCUCGAAGUAGAUCUCAAACGUUUGGAAGAUCUCUCGGAUGCAAUUGUUCAAGAUUUUGCUUUGAUGCGCAAAAAUGAGGAAGAAAUGCGAGACACUAAUGAAUCAACCAACAAUCGUGUCCUUUUCUUCUCAAUCUUCAGCAUGUGUUGCCUUUUGGGGCUCGCAACAUGGCAAGUUCUGUAUCUGAGGCGCUUCUUCAAGGCGAAGAAAUUGAUCGAGUAGUUAAAUAAUUAAUUAAAAGUGAUUUUUUUUGCGCCACACUCACAUUUCAACACAACAAGAACAACCUCGACUGUCUUCAGGAAUAACAAAAAAUGCUACAAACUCAACUUUGACAAAAAUUUUCCGUGCGGUAUUAAUUUUUUCUCUCAACUUUCGGUUUUUUCUCUAAAAAAAAAAGUAAAUAAAUAAGGGAUUUUUUGUUAAUUUUAAAAAAUUCAUAAAAAAAUUAUUUUUUUUUAUU